AGCUAAAAAAGAUAGUCAAAUCCAAAUCCAAUCCUUUUCCUUGAAUUUACCUCAAUUAUGUAUCACUACUUUCAUUUGAUUCCUUAAAUCUUAUUUAUUUUUACCCUUUUCUUCCUUUCUUUUCCUUUUUUAGACACAACCCUUUAUUCCUCCUAUCCCUUCCUUGGUUCAUUUUUUCUUUUAUUUUUCCAAUUUGGUGCAAAUCUGCUUCCUUUUGUUGCUGCAAAGAAAAGGAAAAAAAAUGGUGAGAGGAAAGACACAAAUGAAGCGUAUAGAGAACGCAACAAGUAGACAAGUAACAUUCUCAAAGAGAAGAAAUGGUUUGUUGAAGAAGGCCUUUGAACUGUCAGUGUUAUGUGAUGCUGAGGUUGCUCUUAUUGUUUUCUCACCAAGAGGGAGGCUUUAUGAAUUUGCUAGCUCUAGCAUUCUAGAAACAAUUGAACGAUACCGCAGUCAUACCAGGAUUAAUAAUACUCCAACAACAUCUGAAUCAGUUGAAAAUACUCAGCAAUUGAAGGAAGAAGCAGAAAACAUGAUGAAGAAGAUUGACCUUCUUGAGACUUCAAAACGGAAACUCUUAGGAGAAGGUUUAGGGUCUUGUUCCAUUGAUGAACUACAAAAGAUAGAACAACAGUUGGAGAAAAGCAUAAACAAAAUUCGAGUCAAAAAGACUAAGGUUUUCAGGGAGCAAAUUGAUCAGCUAAAAGAAAAGGAAAAAGCCCUAGUUGCUGAAAAUGUCAGGCUCUCUGAGAAGUAUGGUAACUAUUCAACACAGGAAUCAACAAAGGAUCAGAGAGAAAAUAUAGCUGAAGCUGAACCUUAUGCAGAUCAAAGUAGUCCAAGUUCAGAUGUGGAGACUGAAUUGUUCAUUGGUCUUCCAGAAACAAGAUCAAGGCGCAUUUCUCCAAAGGUGUAGCUAGUUUAGGAUUAAUUAAUCCAUGACUAUGCAAUUGAAAAUAAGGGUGAGGCAAAUGUCUCAUCAAUGUAUAUUGGAUAUGUUUCCUUAAUUAUGCUCUCAUUCAAAUAAGUGGUGAAUUGUGAGAGUAUUGACACUUUUAUGGUUGUAUUUUCAAACCUAUGUCUGUAUUGAUGCUUUUAUGUCAGACUCAUAAGUAUAGACUUCCACUAUAUUGUAUGAUUGUUGCCAGGCUUUUAGGGUUUUAAAUGUAGGACUUUCUGUUUCCUUUAA